AUGUUAUCUUCUUUGAAGUAAAUACUAGCAAAAUAAAAGGAUAUUCUAGUGGUGAUUCCUGCUUUUUGUUCUUAUUAUCUACUUACUCAACAUUUGAUUUCAUUUGAACUUUCUGAAGGUUAAUCUAUGCAUCCAACUGUAAAAGAUGGUGAAUUAGUUAUUGUUUAAAGAGCACUUUAUAAGAUUUAAAAAGGAGACAUUAUAAUAGCCAAAUCUCCUGUUAGACCUGAUUACACAAUUUGCAAAAGAAUAGUUCAUUUAGAAGAUGAAAUUGAUCCAAAUGGUAAUAAAGUACCAAAAAAUCAUGUUUGGAUUGAAGGAGAUAAUGGAAAAGUCUCUUUUGAUUCUAAAUUUCAUGGUCCUAUUCCAAUCAAUUUGAUAUAAGGAAGAGUUAUUUAUUGAA